GCAAAAUGAAUAAAAACAGGAAAAAGAACUUGCAUGAAGAUGUUACUGACCAUCACCUAGAAAGUGUUAUUAAAUACAUUCACAAACAAAACAAAAAAUUAAACAGCCUAGAAGAAGAAGCGUUAGUUUACCAAACACAGAUAAAGCAAAAAGAAGCUCCAGAAAUGACAAAAUUUUGUUAUCAGAAUGACAAUUAUAGUAAUAGCAGCAUUAGUAAAAGAAUACCAAUAAUGUUGGCACCA